CUUGCGUCUUUUUAGCUUCGUGUGGAUUUGGUCGUUUUGUCGCAACGCUUCGCGGGAUGGCAACGACAACGACCAAGUCCUCCGUCGUGCCCGCCGAGGCUCCAUGCUCGCCUCGGCGCCCAAGUAAGCUCGUGCGCAGCUUCACCGAGCGUGCGUGGACCGGACUUCGCAUCGAGCCCAACGAGCAGAUGGCGCGCGCAGCGAAAAGCGUCCUCGGCAAGGAAGAGAUCGAGAUCUUCCACUCGCCCAACACGGGUGCGUCGCCGUACAUGCUUCACCCCAACUCGGGCUUCCGGCGCGUCUGGGACGUCUGCGCCGCGUGCUCGGUCGUUUGCGUCUGCCUCCUCACGCCCAUGGAGCUCGGGUUUCAAUCCAUGGACUGGAGUCGACUCUCGGCCUUGGGAACGUUCUUUGACGUCUUCUUCGUCACGGGUAAUACUUGCAUCAUCUUCGACGGCAUCAGCGCGUCGAUGCUCGUGCCUUAGACAUGGUGCUCACCUUUCGGACGGGGUACCUCGUCUCGGGCGAGAUCGUCAUGAACCAGCGCCUCGUCAUGUGGCACUACGCCGAGUCGUGGCUCCUCAUUGACUGCGUCUCCAACUUUCCAUUCUACCUCUUCUACUCGCAUGCGAACCAGUCGUCGGUCAAGUUCCUCAAGCUCCAGAAGAUUCCCAAGAUGCUGCGCUUCGCCCGCCUCCUCAAGUACAUGCGGCAGUACGCCAAGUACUACAACUUUGUGUUGGUCGUCGCCGCCAUCGUCAUCAGCCUCCACGUCCUCACGUGCUUGUGGGCGAGCCUCUUUGAUCAGUGCAUCGAAAACGUCUUUGACGCAGUGACGAAACGCACAUACUGCGACGACAGCCAAAUGGAGCCCAUGUACCUCGAGUCGCUCCUCAACGUCCUCAUGCUCUACACGUCGCUUGGCGAGUACUCGACGUACGCAAGCAUCGGCAACCUCGCGAGCCCGGUCGCGCGCGCAACCCCGACCGUCUACCUCCUCUCGAUCUGCAUCGUCGUCCUCGGGCUCGUGAGCUUGUCCAUCUUCUUGGCCAACAUCAUCUCGAUCUUCAUCAGUUGGGACCAGCAGAGCGCGCUCUUCCGGAAUCGCAUGGACGUCAUCAGUGCCGAAAUGAAGCACUAUGAGAUCCCGCUCGAGCUCCAACGCCGUGUCAAGCGCAACUACGACUACCUCUGGAUCAACCAACGCGCGUACUCGGAGAUGACGCUGCUCUCGCAACGGGGCAUCUCCAAGAGCCUUCGGACUUCGAUCGCCCUCUUUCUGUACAGGGACCUCCUCGAGACCGUCCCGUUUUUCGCCGGCGAGAACGCCAAGCUGCUGGGCCGCAUCUGCCUUGCGCUCGAGACGGCCGUGUACCUUCCUGGCGAUCUCAUCAUCCAAGUCGACGACCUCGGGAAGGAGAUGUUUAUCGUGCGGCGCGGUGUCGUCGAGGUUUUGAUUGCAACUCGGCCGGAGACGGCACCACGUAUUUUGCUCAAGGACGGCGCCUUCUUUGGGGAGACGGCGCUCGUCGUCGAAGUCCGUCGCACGACGUCCGUGCAGUCGGUGACCGUCACGGACCUUAACGUCCUCAACAAGCAGGCGUUUGACGAGAUUGUCGCGGAAUUUCCAGAUUUUUUCCAGAAAAUGAAACGCAUCGUGAUCCAGCGACAGAUGGACAACAUGCACAUUUCAAACGACGCGGACAAGGCCGUGAUCGAGCGCGAACUGAACGCGGUCGUCGACCAGUCGCUUGCAAAGCGAGCGAGCGACGCCUCGUCGCCGUACUGGCACUACUGCCAAGCCAGCAAGACGGGCAACAAGCUCAAGCGCAUCGCCGAGCGCCUCCAGCACAGGACGGCAGACUCGACGACUGCGAUCCCCGUCACUCGCCCCAACCGCCGAAAACGAAGCAGCGCGCACCGAACGCUCAACGUUGCGUCAUCCGGUGUGCGCGCCGUGACCCAAGACACAACCAAAUUGGGACUGGCCAAGAGACCACCCGCGGCGACGCGGCGCUCGGCCGAACCGGUGGACACUGUCGAGCCAAAGCCGAGUCUGGACACGAUUGCCCAGCGUCUCCGGGUCGUCGAGGCGUCCAUUGCAGCGCUGCCGACCUACAUGGCGGCUCUGCAGACGACGAUGCAGCAGCUUCACACCGACCUUGCGCGCCUGCCUACGUCCUCUAGCCAAAAUCCCACCGAGUUGCCGUCGCUUCACGUGUCACCUCUCUCCCCCGAAUCGCGCUAG